UUCCCGCCUUUCAAAUUACUAACAACUCUCAUUUUCUUCUCCCAUCUUCCUUCCUCUUCCUCUGCUUCUCUCUCUUUCUUUCAUGGCUUCUUCCACAGAAUCCAAUCUAAUUUCUAUGCUCGAAUCCUCCACUUCUACUCCAAUUUCCUCCCACUUCUUUGAUUUCCUUAUCCCUUUCAAUGAUCUAAGAAAUGCCAAGAAACCCAAAUCCCAAAUCCAGACCUUCACUCGAUCUCUAGCUAAGCAGUUCCUUCCUUUCCUCAAUCGCUGCCUUUCAAUUUUGCCAAAACGCCUCUCUGAUUCCUCCAAAUUACGCACUGAGGAGAGUAAGGAGUCCCCGAAGCUUGUUCCUGAACUUUUUGAUAUUUACAAGCUGUGUUUGGACUGCUUGGAACUGGUGUCUUCACAGUUAUCGUGUAAGCCUUAUAUGGUGAGUAUACAGAGGGUGAGGUUGCUGUAUUGUUUGGAAGCUUGUGGAUUUUACAAGGAAGCAGAAAAUGAAGGGUUUGGGGUUUUGGAGAGGCUUAGAGGUUUGGAUUUGGGGGAGAAGAAGAAGAGGAAGGAAAAAUUGGGGGGGUUUGUACCCAGUGUGGUGGAGAAUGGGGAUGCAGAGUUUGCGAAGGUAGUGGUGGAGGUGGUGGUGGCCAUCGUGAAGUGUGUGGCAUUGGGGCAGAGCAAGGCUGGCGAGGAUUAUAGGAAGGUUAUUGGAUUGGUGGAGGAGGUUGCACCCUGGUUCAGGGUGUUAGAUGCCAAUGCAUAUGAGAAGUUGCAUAGGGUGCUUGUCACAUACAUGGGCAAAUGCACUCUAUUUUUGGUUGGGGAGCUACAAAAUUUUGACAGAGAUAUAGUGCAUGCUUUUUGUGUGACAUCAUUGAACGAGUAUGCAAAGUCAUCCUUGAAAGAUCAAAUUUACAAGUUUUCCCGUCGGAUGUGUUCCUCCUUCCUCUUGCUUCAGGAUGAUAGACCUUCAGUCAUCAUUGACAUGUUAAUAUGCGUUUUCAACUUGCUGGCCCGUAAGUGUAAGGUUGAAGAGCAAAAUUGGAGAAUAGAAUUUGCCGAACUUGUCUCUUAUUGUGCCAAUAAAUGUCUGACUGCAAGUGCAAUUUUUUGUAGUACUUUUGCAAAACAUCUAGAUGUCUUAGCUGGUGAUUUCGGUCCGGACAUGACACCAAUGGAUAUGAUUCUCAGGCUUUAUGUUGUUGGAUUGACCAUUACUGACUGUGUUGUUAAGUGCCGAUUUGGCAAUUCUACAUCCUCCAAAAGUGCAGGGGAUGAGCCUGCAGCAUGUAGUUUGCUUUCUGAUGGAGUUAGAUUUCACAAGUUGGCAUCUCUGCUUGAUUCAUUACGAAGUUACUUUUACGAUGUGUCAUGUGGUGUUGACUACAAGCGGUCUCACUGUCUAUUAUGUUCUCAGUCAGAUUCUCAUUAUGGAAUAGCUUUAGCUUGCACACAGAAGGAUAAAAGGGUUUAUUUCCUGGGCUACUUAAAUGCAUUGGAGUUCUUGUGUCAGCCACUUGCUGAACUAGUAAACAUGGAGAAGAAACAAAUAGUUGCUGAAAGUGAUGUUGCUUCUGUUUCUACAUUCCUGUUUAGCAUCCAAGAAGCAUUUGACCAAUUUUUUGAUGUUUUCCUAUUUUUUCACAGUACAGCAUCUGAAAGAGAGGGAGAUGAAAUUAAUGAAAACAAGACAAUACUUAGUGUUGCUGUUGCUGCUUUUACUCUCUCCAUCAGGACAAAGCUUCAAUUCCAGAGGAGUGUGCAUCUAAUGAAGCACAUCAUAGCCAGCAAAUGGAUUCAACCCCAGGGGCUGAAAUAUAUAUUUGCCUCUCUUUACAAUCUUGGUGUACAUUUAUACAGAAAUAAGGAUGUAAAUGAGGCUUCAAAGGCAUUAAAAUUAUCAUGUAGAGCUUCCUGGACUUGUGUUGCGCUUCUUUGUCAAAUGUUUGUGAACAAUUCCAGUAAACAAGGCAUUGGUGAUGUUUCAGAAGAAUAUAUUCUAGAUUUUGUUAUGGAGGCAUGUAUGCGAAAUGCAUUUCUUUUGGAUGUUCUCUCUCAAUGUGGCAGUCUUAAAGUGAAAAAGAUAAUUGUAAAUAGUCUUGAAAAUUGGUCAGUUGCUGAAUGUUUAUUUACAAGGCUGCCAGGUCCUAUGCCUUUGGUGAAACAAUGGGUGAAGAUAGAAUGCAAACGUAAUAAGAACUUGGAUGUGGAUGAUAGUCCAACCUUAUAUUAUUUGUUGUCAUCCUCUGCAAAAUUGUCAAAGAGGGCAAUUGGCAAAAUUUUACAGCAGGAGCUUCUUGCAUAUGAAGAAAUGGACACCAUGUACCCUGAAUUGUGCCAGAGAAUGCAAAUUAAAAUAAUAGAUAUCCUCUUGCAAGAUUUUUACUUCACACAAGAUUGUUAUUUAGAGAGAUCAAGAAUUUUACUAAAAAAAGGGCGGUCAUUGAGGACCAGUGGGCAUGAAGGUUUGACAGACUGUAUUCGAUGUUUGUCUGAAGCAAUAUCUAUAAUUAAUGAUGAAAAAUCUACCAACCGAAGUCCAACUUGUCUUCAGUUAGCUGUGGCAUAUUGCUUACGUGCAUUAUGUACCCAGGAAGCUGAACCAAACUCAAAGCAAGUCCUUCAAGAUGUCAAAGCAGCGAUAAAUGUAUGGUUGAGCGUUCCAUUUCCAGAGGAUGGCGGUAUGUUAGACAAUGCACUGCCAUUGUUGUAUAAUACAGUUGAUUUACUAUCAAUAAAGGGUUCAAUGGAAUUUCACCAUGACAUAUAUAAGCUGAUGAUUAGAUUAUUUGAACGAAAAAAUGUUCCAUUGGAGAAGUUCUUGUCCAUGUUGUGGGAAAGUAGAAGGCUUUGUCAUGCCCUUUGUGUCACACCUGUGUGUGAUGAAUUGCUGAUAAGCUUAUCAAGGGAAUAUGGUGAACAAUUCAAGUCUAUUGAUUUUUGGAUGCAUUGUCUAAAGGGAUCGCCACCUUUAUUAGUUGGGUUUCAACAAAAUUUUUCAUAUUUAUUUACAAGCAUUUCCUGCGACUCUUGUGAUCAUGGAGCUUCUUUUCAAUCUGAUAUCACAGUUGAUGAUGUUAAACAGGCUGCUUAUGAACUCAUUUCAAGAGUUCCUAUGACCUGCUAUUCUGUUUUCUUUGCUGGAUGCCUUUACUAUGAUUUGUGUGAAAAACUUAUUGCAAGCGGACAGUUAUUUGAGGCUCUUUAUCAUGCAAAAGAAGCCCACCGAUUGCGUACUAAACUCUUCCAAGAGAAAUUUACAUACUCUGUUGAGCAGCAAGCUGAAAAGCACGUUGAAGCUGGGGAUCAUGCGCAAAAGCUUGCAUAUGGUCUUAGCAAUCUGCACGUGAACAAAUCGGUUGUUGGUGAAGUUUGGUACUCUGAUACCAUUUCAUCAGAUUUUGAAGUCUGUUAUAUUAGUCCAUGGAAAAUACUUCAGUGUUAUCUUGAAAGCACUCUUCAGGUUGGAAUUGUCCAUGAAAUAAUUGGAAAUGGAGCUGAGGCUGAAACAUUUCUGCUGUGGGGAAAAACCAUCUCCUGCCAACAAAGCUUGUCAUUGUUUAUAGUUGCCUUCUCUUCAGUUUUAGGAAAACUAUAUCGUAAGAAAAGGUCUUGGGAUCAGUCUGAGAAGGAACUUCAAAGUGCCAAACAGACUUUAGCGCUUAAUAGCUCUGCUUUUUCUUGCCCGAAGUGCAGAUUGGUUCAGGAAAUUACUGUUGAUCAGCAGCGUGCUGAUUUAUCACGAAAUUGUACUUCUUAUGCUAGGAAUGUUUCAAUGGAGAGGUUAUCUCUUGCUGAAAGAUUGUAUAAAUCAUCCCUAGACAAAUUGAACCUUUCUGUGUGGAAAAACGCUAUUAGUUGUCCUGAAGAGGUUGAAGAUGGAAUGGCAAAUAAGUGCCCUUGUUCUUCCACAGCUAAUCCAGAUACAAUGGAUUCUGUUUCCACAAGGUCAAGGCCAAAUGCCAAAGUGAAAACUAGAAAGUGCAGACAGACUAAGAAUACUAAAAGAUCUUUACCAAAGGAGCAAUCUUCUAUGACUGAGUGUAAUACAAGACUAACUCGUUCUAGAUAUCGUUCUUCUCAGAACCAAAAUGUAAGCAGUACUACUGAGUUGCUUGUCCCUUCAAAAUAUUUCAAUGGCAACUAUGAGUGUGAUUUGUCUGAUACUGUUGGCCAAGGGAAGUCACUCUCCCAAAUAAGGAACAGCAAAGUGGAUUUGACUGGUGAAGUAACAUGCAUUUGCAACAAAAUGAAGUGCGGGUUUUGUCUUGCUGUGGAAGUUAAGGAGUCUGGAUUAUUUACGAAUUGCAUAUAUAUGAAAUGGGAGCUCAUCCGAAGGCAGCUGUCCUUGAGGGUACUUAGUGGCAGAGGAAAAUGCCUUGAAGUUCAUGGUCUAAUCGAUGAAGCACAUGACAAUAUUCUUCAAAGUGUCUCCAUUCUAGUCAGCCGAAACCCAUUCAAACAAACUUACACUCCUGCUUCCCUCUCUUUUUUGCUUGAUUUGGUUGGGAGGGAGUUCUCUGGAGAUGUAUUUGCCAUUGAGCGUGCAGCUUUACUUUACAAUAUUUGCUGGUUUUCUUUGAAAGGCUACUAUUCCAAAGGCGGCAGGAACAUUUUCUGCGAUCUAUCCCAUGAUCAGUUGCCAAAAAUAGUUUCUUGCUUGAUGCUAGCCUUUGUACUCUGCCGUGAAGUUCCUGUACUUUUUCAGAAGGUUUCCAGAUUGCUGUCUGGUAUUUAUAUUCUUUCUUCCUCAAGUGAAAUCUUUCCUAUGCCAUCUUCUAGCAAAGUGCUCUCUGAGGGUCACUGGGCUUCAUAUUUUCAUCAAGCUUCACUUGGUACUCAUCUUACUUACCAGUUCUUUUCAAGUAUCACUGGGAAACGUAAAGCCGGAAACCUUGUAGAUGAUCAGGGCUCACAAGUAACUAGCUUAACAUGCAACUUGACAAGGCUUGCACCCAAGUCUGUUCAAGAUCUGGAACAAUUUGUGAUAGAGUUUUUCUCGAGGCUUCCUUGCUCCACGGUCAUUUGCAUAAGUUUGAUAUGGGGUCCUUAUUCAACUCUAUUACAAGAACUACUAAUGUAUCCUUCAAGCGUUUGUGCCUGGAUGCUGUUGUCACGCUUGAAUUUCAAGAGCCAGCCUAUCGUGAUGCUUCUGCCAGUGAAUUCAAUUUCUGAAGAAGCUUCAGAUGAUGAUGCAGCAAAGUCUGGCUAUGGAGAAUUUGCAGAGAACAAUGACAUUGGUAAACAUUGGCAUUGUCCCUGGGGUUUCACUGUUGUUGAUGAAGUUGCUCCUGCAUUUAAACUUAUAUUGGAAGAAAACUAUUUAUCUUCAUCAAUCUUUCCUUUAGAGGACACAAAAGAGAAUAGAAAUUCAUGGUGGAUGAGGAGAAAGAAGUUGGAUUGGCAACUUGGUAAAUUGCUGAGGAAAUUAGAAGAUUUGUGGUUGGGUCCCUGGAGGUAUGUGCUUCUAGGAGAAUUGUCUAACUGCAAGCACCUAGGCUCUGUGCAGAAGAAGCUGAUGCAUAAUCUGAGAUCUAAAUGCAAAGUGGAUGUAAAUGAAAGUUUUCUCAAGGUUAUUCUUGGAGGAGGAAAGUAUGCUUUAGAUGGAGGAGACUUUGUUGCUGACUUAGUAUCUCUGGAAAAGGGUUGCUUCAUUGGGAGAGCUCUAUAUUCUGAUGAAACAUGCCAGACACUGUCUAACGAAUUUGAGGGAAUUCAAGAGCUACUUCAUGAUGCAGUGAAUGAACUUGAAGUGGACUCUUUUAAUAGAGAACCUGUAAUUUUGGUGCUGGAUUGUGACGUGCAGAUGCUUCCAUGGGAGAAUUUACCUGUUCUCAGAAGCCAAGAGGUCUAUCGAAUGCCUUCUGUUGGCAGCAUCUGUCUGACACUUGAUAGAAGCUGCAACUGUCCAGAGCAAGUUGGGAGGAUAGUUUCUGCCUUCCCUCAUAUAGAUCCCUUAGAUGCAUUCUACUUGUUGAAUCCUAGUGGCGAUCUAAGCAGUACACAAGUUGAGUUUGAGAACUGGUUUAGAGUUCAAAACUUGGAGGGGAAAGCUGGAUCUGCUCCCACUGCUGUAGAAUUGACUUCAGCCUUAAAAAGCCACGACCUCUUCUUAUAUUUUGGCCAUGGAAGCGGAGCACAAUACAUUUCCCAGCAAGAGAUUCAAAAACUGGAAAAUUGUGCUGCUACACUUCUGAUGGGAUGCAGUAGUGGUGCUUUGUCAUUACAUGGGUGUUACACCCCACAAGGUACUCCUUUAUCCUAUCUUCUGGCUGGAUCCCCCAUCAUUGUUGCAAAUCUUUGGGAAGUCACAGAUAAGGAUAUCGAUCGGUUUGGGAAGGCUAUGCUUGAUGGCUGGUUAAAGGAAAGAUCUAGUGCUUCCACAGAUUGUGACCAAUGCAAUUUACUAUUGAAAGAAUUUGAGGCAUUGAACUUGAAAGAUCCCAAAGUUACUAACAAAAGGAAAGUCCAAAAGAAGAAAGAACCUGAAACUUGUGAUAGUGAUUCUUUGAAGAAUUCUUGUAACCAUAGACCAAGGAUUGGAUCAUUCAUGAGUCGAGCUCGUGAAGCUUGCACCCUCCCUUUUCUUAUUGGAGCAUCUCCAGUCUGUUACGGUGUCCCUACAGGCAUAUGGAGGAAGAAGGAUUUGUAGCAAUAUCAGCCAGUCAUUUUCUUUUACCAAAUUGGCGUGUCCUUGGAUUUUAAAGAUAACCUGGAGGGCUAGAAGCCAAGACCUAAUAUCACAAGUUAAAAAUCAACAACAGAACUGUGCCAAAUGAUUCAGCUGACGUCCACUUAUAAUUUCAUAUACUUGAUUCUCUCUUUCUUUUUCCCCUUGAAGUGAUGUGCUCAGCCUAAAAAUUCUAACAUGUGUGAAUUUUCAAUAUUCCUGUUAUUCCUUCUGUAAUAUGAAUAUGAUUUUUUUUUAUUGGUUAAAAAAAAUAUGAAUAUUCAUUUCUCUAUAA